GUGGUUUCCAUGAUGGAUGGUCUCACCCAUAUCAUAUCAGUUAUGAUUGACUGUGUCAACUUCUCACCAUAUGGUACCAAGUACCAGCCAAAAAACAGAUCACCACAGACACCUACAGAUUGGUCUAAGAAGAAGAAGGAGCCCCUUGGGAAGCUUGCUUCUCUGUUUAAACUCCUGGUGAUGUUACUGAACUCUUUCCAUGAGUUUAGUUCCCAAGAAGCCUGCUCAGAAACGUUGGUCUCCGUGGGCCCUUCCAUUGUUGCCAUUCUUCACAACAUCAUCAGCCACGUUUCCCUGCCAGCAGUGAUUGGGAGUAUGUUUGCAGCUUUUUCAAAACCCCUGGCAGUGUUUUAUGAAAGAACAGAGCUUCCUGAUGCAUCUGAAGUGUACAGUAACCUUAACAACCAGCUGGAAGAGCUGCUGGCCGAGAUCCUCCUGUGCUUACAGUCUCACUGCAGCGGCUCCUACGACCAGGAGCUGCUGGAGCAGCUUUCCCCACUGCUGGGCCUCGUGUUCCAGCACAGGAACAAACAGAUCCGCAGCCAGUGUGCCCAGUUCUGGAACACCACCUUUGCCAAGACUGCAUCCUUAACAUACCCUGAGGAGCUGAAAUCUGUGUUAAUUGAAGCCAAGAAGAAAAUGCCUCUCUUGCUGCCUGGCUUGGAAAACGUGGAGAUGGCCGAAGACAACAGCGGCCCGUUCUCUGACGCGGUGACAGGCAGCGAGGGUCAGGCUCCAGCUGUGGCUUCUAACCAGCAAACAGUGAGACGUUCGUUAAGACGACGGGUGGAGGCUGCAGAAAGCACAGCAGGUAGUCAGGAUGCAGAAGAUGGCCACCAAAAGAGAGGCAGACAUAAAGAUGAGGACUUGAGCUCAAAGAAGCCUCCUGAUUCAAAGGAAGAUAGCUUGAAGGCUGACCCAGAAGGUCAAGACUGUAGCUUGGGUGCAGCAGGUCAGAAGAAGACGGAACGCCCGCGAUACUACACGAGAAAAGCUUCCCAAGAAUUGUUUUCCAGCACAGAAAACUCAGAGGCUGAUGGCUCUGACACCAAGGAAGACAGCACGAGGAAGAGAAGAUACACCAGAGUGAAGAACAGAAGUGAUUCUCCUGAAGGGAAAUUGAAACAUCCACAGCCAGGAAGCCAGAGCCAUGAGGCGUCUUCCCAAGAAAGCAGAACCAAGAAGCUGUUGGACACGACUGAAGGUGACCUGAAAAUCCCAGGGGUUCCUGCAGGUGCUGGCAGAGCUGUGGGAGCUGCCAGCCCCAGGACUUCCCCCCGUGUGCAGGACACAAGUGUGGAGCUAACACAGAGUGGGAUGUUGGUGGAGUCUGACCAAAGCUGGAAACCAGAGGAGGAAAGUAAACACACUGAGAAGCAAAACCAUGCAGAAUGCUGUUGUUCAGACAUCCUGUCAGGAUCCAGUGCUUCAGGUGGGGAUGUCCUCCCCUUGCAUACACCCGAGUGUCAGCAAAGACAAAGUGGAAAGCCAAAAACACUAAGGACCUACUGCCACAGUGUUAAAGAUUCAGACCAAGAACUGAUGUCACUCACCCCAGCAGAAGGUGAGAACACGCCUGAAUGGAGCAAGCCCCAAAGCACCAGCCCAGAGCAGAGCUCCCUGAGGAUAUUAGAGGUGUCUGGUAACUUACCUUUGGGUGAGAGCUUGUUCAUGGCACCUUAUGCCAUGAGCACUCCACUGCAGCCUCUGAAGGAACCUGUGACGUUUAGCUUGGGAGGAGAAGGAACACCUGGAGAUAACCUGCAAGGGAGCAUUGUUAAGGAAGAGGAUCUGGUGAAGCCAGAAUCUGUUGCAGGUGAAAUAGCUGCUGCCUAUGUAGUAAAAGAAGAACCUGCUGAGGAAGUUGGUCUGAUGAAGCCAGAGUCUGUUGCAGGUGAAAUAACUGUUGCCUACACUGUAAAGGAAGAACCUGUUGAUGAGAGCGGCCAAACUGACCUGUGUCUGUCUGCCUGUGUUGUGGAUGGACCUGGAGACAGUCUGGCUGUGGGGGGUCAGAGUGAAGGACCAGCUGCUCCAGGACAGGAAGCAGUCAGUCAGAAUGGACCACUGGAGGAGAUGCCUGAGGCACAGACCGCUUGCAAACUGGAGAAGACAGAGCUGGACGAGCCAGCAGGCGGCCAGGACAAUGAGAGCCCUGUGGGGGAAAGGGGCGUUGCUGGGGAUGAUGGGGAGCUGAAGGAGGAGGCGGGGACAGUGGUGCUGGUCCUGUACCCAGUGGAGGUGGGAGGAGGCCCCAGCGUGGGCUCCCUUGAGCAGGUGGCAGCUCAGGACCCCCCGGCCACCGAGAGCCCCGGGGAGGCGCAGGGGCGCUGCGUCUGGUCUCCCUCUGCCUCUCCCUCCACCAGCAUCUUGAAGAGAGGUGCAAAAAGAGGCCAAGAGGACAACUCCCCAUCACCUGCCAACAAGGUCCGUCGUGUCUCCUUUGCAAACCCCAUCUACCAGGAAGGGGUGGCGGAUGACAUCGACAGGAGCCCUGUUGUCAGGUUCCAUUUGUCACCAUCUUCCAGAACUCCUAAAUCUUUGCCUGGUGUUCAGAGCAAGACUAUCACCACUCCAUCCAAAGGAUUCCUGUCCCCAAGACUUCGUAACGCUAAGUUUGGAAGCUCAAAGAAGUGUUUAGUAAGAAGUAUGGCCAAGGGGUCGCUGCCAUCCCCCACGGGGUGUGUGUACCCUGCCCUGGUCAGCUGCACAGCACCCAUCGGCGUCAUCCUGCCCCGCAUCACAUCCAACAUCUGUGCCAGUGGGUUGGGGCAGCUCAUUCGAGCAAAGAACAUCAAGACAGUGGGUGACCUGAGUUCUCUGACAGCAUCAGAAGUCAAAACUCUUCCCAUCCGCUCUCCCAAGGUUGCCAACGUUAAAAAGGCCCUUCAAGGAUAUUAUGAGCAACAGGUAAAAUCUCAGGGCUCGGAGGAGGUCAUUGUCAUCGAGGAUGCAACGAGUCCCCUGAGGAGAGGCGGGGAUGUCAGCGAGGCCCAGGACGGGGCCCUGCCGGAGAACGGGGCCCUGCCGGAGAACGGGGCUUUGACAGAGAACCGGGCCCUGCCGGAGAACGGGGCCUUGACAGAGAGUGGGGCCCUGCCAGACAAUGGGACCCUGCCGGUGGAGAACAUGGCCCUGCCAGAGAAAGGGGCCCUGCCAUCAGAGAACGGGGCCCUGCUGGUAGAGAACGUGGCCCUGCCAGAGAACGGGGUACUGCCAUCGGAAAAUGGGGCCCUGCCAGAGAAGCUGGAGAAUGGGGCCCUGCCAGAGAAUGUGGCCCUGCUGGCGGGAG